AUGUCGCCCUCGCUGGGACCGCAAAGCAGUGGCCAACCAUUGCGCCCUGUGACUCCGUUCUUCAGUGAGGGCGAAGCCAGCGAUGCGUUCAGCGAACCUUCAGCCUCGCCUGUGCGACAAAGGUCGUCGCCAGGAUCGCCCGCCGGCGUUCACUCACCAACAUCUCUCACAUCCGACUCUGCCCGAAGACGUGGCAGCAUUGUCAACGUCCGUGCGGAGUUUAUAAAGGCUCGAAAAGAAGAUGAGCCAGAAAGAACGCACACUCAGAAAGAGAAGUAUCGUAAGAUCGGCAUCGAUGUGAUGACAAGCAGCUGUAUUUCGAACCUGAUGGCCGCGGUCGUUUUGCUGGAUGCUUACUGCACCUGCGCAGACAUCGAUGCGAGAGCCGCUGGGGAAGAGCCCGGGCUCGAGCUUGCGAUUCUCUCAGAUUUUUGUCUGGGCCUCUACACCUUGGAGCUUGUGGUGCUGACCUGUCUGCAGGGUUGUUCUGUCUUCAGAGACUGGCUCGUUCUCCUGGACCUUACUAUUGUUCUGUGCGGUUACUUGGAGCUUUUGCUGAACUUCGUGGCACCAGGCGAUAUAGUUGGAAACCUCGGCAUCCUGCGCGCGUUACGGCUUGUCAGGAUCGUUCGGCUGAUGAGGCUUCUGCGGCGGAUACGUGCCCUGCGCGAGCUGCACAAGCUAGUGACAAUGAUGGCUACGUGCCUGAAGGCUUUGCUUUGGUCCUUCGUUUUCUUGUCCGGCAUAAUGACCGUUUGGGCCAUGCUCAUGGUAGAGAUUGUUCACCCGAUCAUUCGCGAUAUGACCUUUGAUCAGUGCGAUGACUGCAGCAGAGCAGUAGCAUCUGUCAUGCGUGCCAACCUGCUGCUGUUCAAGACCGUUAUUGCAGGCGACAGUUGGGGUGAUAUUGCUGUACCGGUUAUUGAAUCUAAUCCCUACACAGCCUUCAUUUUUAUGGGAUCGCUGCUGACACUUGUUUUUGGCGUGUUGAAUCUCAUUGUUGCCGUAGUUGUAGACACAUUUGCAGAAGCUCGCGAGCAAGAUGUGUUGAACCUGGCACAAGAGAUGGACCAAAACGUGGAGGAAGACAGAAUGAAACUCCAAAGGCUUUUCAAUCGGAUAGACGCCGAUGGGAGUGGCCGUCUGACACUAGACGAGCUGAUGGAGGGGGCCCGCAAGGAUCCCGAACUUCAGAGCCGAUUACGUGUCAUGGACAUUGAUGAAGUGGACUUACAGCAACUUUUCGAAAUGAUCGAUGUGCAAAGAGAGGGUGCAGUCGAGGCACAGGAGUUCAUCGCGCCACUCAGCAGGUGGGUGCAUGAUUCGAAGACGGCCCCUCGGUUCAUCAAGUACAACAUGGUUCGAACGAUGCAGAACCAAGAAGAGCUUUUUGACCUGUCUCGCGACUAUUUCGAUUUUUUGGCCAUGCGAGUCGACAGCCUGUCGGAAAGUCUGCAGAAACUUACAGCGGCGCAAGGGUUGCAGACUGGGCCUGCAGCCCAGUCCGAGAUGUCCGAGCAGAUGCGUGAUUUGGACCAUGGGAUCGCCACCGGUGAGGGAUGCAUCGAGGCCCCAAACGCCUCUGUGAAGUCUCAACCGCAAUUGCUUGAAACUCCGACAGAGCCCCCGGCUGUCUCCGGCUUGCGAAAGGAACAGGACCCCCGCAACAGCAAGGAUGCCUGUGCCGGUAUGAACCCAACGAGUUCCUGCACAGAGUCAACGACACUGCAUAUAGCCGAUGCGAUGCAGACCUUGGAGCGAUUCGUUCACAAGGCCACAGAAGAGUCGCUGAGGAAGACUGUGACGCUGAUUGAACAAUCCCUGCAGGGCACAAAUCUUGACGAGAUGCUGUCCAGAAUCGCAUCUCUGCAUACCACUCCCCAGCUACAAAGUGCUUUCAUUGACGUGCAACUUUUAUCUGUGUGGCUAGCAGCUCGCAGCAAGGAUUCGAACGUCCUCAUUGGCCUCGUGCUAGACACACCCGCAGAUCUGAACGACGCCUUGACGACGAUGGCCUGGAGCGCGUCGAUCGGGUGGGGUCAUGGUUCUCUCGGCAGGAUUCCCCUGGCCGGGGCUUUGACAGGCAGCUGUCACCUGGCCGCUCAAGCAGACUCCGACCUGAUGGGCUUGGGCCGAGCCUUGGGCAAUCUGGGUCUCUUGCCAGAUUCGCAUCCAAAGACGCCAAAGACAGAUCUUCGUCCAAUCCGGGUUCCCGAAGGACGUCGCUACACGUCGGUGAGGAUCAUGCAGUGGGAGCAUUUAAUCAUGAUUCUCCUUGCGAGUGAAGCACCUGAGCUUGGCACCAUGCCGGAAACGAACCUGGCGAGCCCUGGACCAAUUUUCAGUACUGCAGCCGCUGUGCCCACGCAGGCCAUGCCAGCAGCAGACCCCGCGCCGAAGCCUUGGAGACCCUCCUGGCUCACCGACGAGGAGGCUGCCGUGUUUUGCCAGCCGGGAGCCGCUGAGGCCAUGGAGGCUCAAGCAAGAGAAGUGGUGCAGACGGCAGCAGAGGCUGCCAUGCAGGACGCGGCAGAGGCACCCCUUUCCUGGCAGGUCGACGAGCAGGACCCAGCAUUGCGCUGUCCGCCGAUCGUGCCACCGAGAGGUACCACGGUGACUUCUGGUGUCGAGUUGACUCCCACUGCUGCUGCAAGCGCAGGAGUGUCUUCGAUGGGCUCGGGAUUCUUGACAGGAAAUGCUCCUGCAUCAGGAGACCUUGACAAGGCCACAGCAAAGUCAGUGGAGAGCAAGCUGCCCAAAGUCGUGGGACCUCGUGUUAUUGCGGGCCCGGGCGUCAUUGCGCCGAAGGUCCCCAUGAACCCGAUCAAGCCGUCAACAGAGAUGCCUGUCCCAACAGUUAGCGUGCCUCUGCCUGCCGCAGCAGGUGCGACAGUCCAGGUUCGCCCGGAAAUGCCACUGUUGCAGCCGCGUGGCAUGCAGCUCAAAUUGGCCAGAGGAGCAGUGCCGACAAUGCCAAUUAGUGGCACAGGUCCCAGCGCUUCGUCCUCCGCCACCACCCCGGCAUCUACAUCAGCAACCACUGCGCCAUCUCCGGCCGCCGUGGUACCUCGCGCUGCGGGAAUGGCCGUACCACCGCGCAUGCCCACUUCGCCGGUUCAACCGGUUCGGGGGCCUCAGCCGCCAAAGGCUCCUCCGCCGGCGGGGCUUGUCAACAAAGUGGUGCAGUCAACAACUGCAGCCAAGGCUCCUGGAGCCGAACUUUCGAGUGACGCCUGCAGGAGCCCACACAAAGAGCGGGCGCCAGAGGUGAAAGCUCCGACAGCAGCGCCCCCCGUGGUGCCAGCGCUUUAUCCGCAGCUGUCGCCUCCGGCGCGGCCGUCGCUUCCGCUGUCGCCAGCCCCUGGCUUGGGAGAGGAUGCGCGCGUCUCUGGCACCACGGCCUCGAAGAAUGCUCCUCCAGAGCCGCCGUAUCAGCAUCCAGUGCACCAGCCAACUCGUCAGCCACCUCCACCACCACUUCCACCGAUUCCGCCGCCUCCGCGGGACGUGGAGGUGGUUGACAGGAGGCCCUUCGGCCGGCGGCCUCUUAGAGAGGCCAUAGGAGGAUGGACAGCUGAGACUUACUUCCAGAAGGAAUCCUUGGAUCUCAGCUGCUUUCGAGCCGCGCUCGGAGACCUCGGCCUCUCGAGCCCAGAGGACGUGACAUUCCUUCUUGACGAAGAUCUUCGACAGGUCGGUCUGAACCUGGUUCAGGUUCGCAAGCUGCAGUCAAGGGCCCGCCAGUGGGUCAAAGAAGACGUGGCCCAACAGGCAGCCGUGGCGACGGAUGCCCCAUGUCGUUCAACAGAUCGAAAGCGCUGCUGUGAGUCGGCGAAUGAAGACGAGCGUAUCGCCAAGCCUCGUCUAUCCGAACCGCCAAGGCCCUUUGGCAUGUGCGGCCGGAACUUCCCUCGUCGCUUGAUCUUCAUCAGGCAUGGUGAGUCGGAAGCAAACGUGAACCGCAAGAUCACAGCGACGGUCCCUGACCAUGAUCUGCACUUGACUGAGAGGGGUCGGCAGCAAGCCGCCGAAGCAGGGCAGAGAUUGGCGAGCCUCGUGGGCGAGGGCUCAGUGAG